AACAUCUCUACGAUGUUUCAGUAUCGAUUAUUGGCCAAGAUUAAUCUAUGUCAACGGUUAAGAUUUUCGACAACUGCAACGAUUCCAAGUGAAUAUAUCAAAACAAUCAAAUUUCGUACUUGUAUCAAUGUUUAUGAUGAACUACGUUUACGAUACCGUCAAUUUUAUAGGAGAUCACCUAUCCAAGGUGUUGAUAUAACCAUCAAUUAUGUUGAUACUCAACCAAAUCAAAAACCGAAAAAAACUAUCGUGGCUCUUCAUGGUUUGGCUGAUAGUUUUCGAACAUUUAAUCUAUUGUUUCACCAUUUUCAAUUUCGAUCAGAUGUGCGACUAGUUAUGCCAAAUUUUCCCGAUUUCAGUCAAACACGAGCGACUAAAUUCAAAUUCUGGCAUUCAAGCGAUGAAAAAUAUCAUUUAUUACAGGAUUUAUUUCGCAAUUUAAAUGUUGACACAAUCGAUUGUUUGGUUACUCAUUCUUUUGGAGGUCAACCAGCUUCAGUAUUGUUGGAAAAACCAAAAGGUUUACAGAUAAAAUCAUUAGCACUGAUUGCACCACAAUUUUUCUUAGACGGUCUUGAGGAAAGAUUACACAAAAAUUCAAAAAAGACGCUUAGAUUAUCGAAAACUCGAUUUUUUUCUCGCCUAUUAGAUUGGAAAAAAGCUCAUCAAGCCACAGGCAUACCUUUAAAGUUUCAAGAAAUGGACGAAUUUUUUCUUUUAUCCACAGUUUUUUUGGAUAUACAAGCUGUUAAAGAUUCACAUUCAAGAAUUCAAUCAAUGAGAGAAAUGAAAUUAUCCGGUUUUAUUAUGUAUUCAUUUGAUGAGAAUGUUAUAUCGAAAAAAGCUCAACAAGAGUUAUACCGAUUAUUAAACAUCGAAAAUGUUCAACCAAUCAUUAUCGAUCAAGAUGAUCCGAAAAUAAUCGACAAUAAUUAUUUGCUUAAUAAUCCGAUGACAAAAAUCAUGACAAAAGAUGGACGACAUUUACCACAUCAAAAAUAUCCAAACGUUAUAAAUUUUUUAAUUGAAAAACUUAUUGAUAAAUAAGAUUCUUUAUUGUAUUUACAAAAUUUGAAGGAUCAAAUUUUUUUAUUCAAAUCAGAGAAGCCAGAAGG